UUGAGCUUCCUGGGUCAGAUGCUGCUGUUGAAGCUGCUGCCUCCACUGGGCUGGGCAGCAGCUGCUCCCCCAGCAGGGUCUGCGCUGGGCAGAGGCCUGCAUUGCACCCCCCGGUGCCCAGGCCAGGGGGACUGGCUGGCACCAGCCUCCCAGGGCAGCCCCGGGCCCUGCUGAAACCAACUCCAGAGACUCCAGCAGGGUCACCUGGGCAGCAAUGGCCGGGAUACAGCAAGAGUGCCAGGCCCAGGGGGGAGGUUGCAGCGGGACUCCCAUCCUUCCUUCCAGCAGGGAGCCAGGUGAGGCUGAGGAGCAGAGCUUUUCCUGGCCCCUGUCAUGGAGGACGCCCUCUCUGUCCCAGCUGGGACGCUCUCAGGGGACGGCACUGACGCCUGCCCACGCUCAGGUGCAGAAAGACGGUUUAGAGCUGGUGACCCUGCCCUGCAACCGUCCUCAUGGGGACAGAAAUCCCUCUGCACUGCCCUUGCUCCCUGGAGAAGGGCCUGAGGCCUGUCACCCGCCGAGGGAAGCCCCUGCAGCUAACGGCACUGAAGCAGAGGCGGCCGUGUCGGGGUGGGCCGGCGAGGAGGCCCGGCGCCGGCGGUUCCGCUCGGGAGCCGCGCAGCUGGGAGAAGCUCCCCGGAAGGCGCUGGCCCGCCUCAGCCAGGCGGCUUGGCAGUGGCUGCAGCCGGAGGAGCACACCAAGGACCAGAUCAUGGAUGCCAUCAUCCUGGAGCAGUUCCUAGGGGAGCUCCAAGCAGACGCACAGGCCUGGGUGAUGGCGAAGGAGCCUUGCAGCAGCAAGGAGGUGGCCAGACUGGCUGAGGUCUACCUGGGGGAACAAAAGCCAACCCAGAUUCCUUGGGGCGUUGAUAAGGGGCUGGUGACCUUCAAGGAUGUGGCCGUGUAUUUCACCAAAGAGCAAUGGGCUCUGCUGGACCCCGGUCAGAAAGCCCUCUAUAGGGACGUCAUGCAGGAGAAUUAUGAGACCGUGACCUCAUUGGGACUUCUCAUUCCUAAAUACAACAUGAUUUCACAGCUGGAAGAGGGCACCAAGCCAUGGAGCCCAGAUCCCCAAGGAGAGAUCCCAAGGGAUGCUGACACACAUAAAGCAUUGGUGAAACCAAUACAGGCACCAUCCCCCAGCAAAGAAAAUAUCUGGCGCUCCCACUAUGGUUGCAGCAGCUUGUCCAGUCCUCCCUCAUCUUUUUCAGGGUUUCCAGACUCAGAGCCUGAUGAUGAGAUCUCCCAGCUGGAACAGGAGGAAGGGGCUCAGGUCCCAUGUCUUGUAGGCUCUAAGGAAAGGAAAACUGCAAGAGGAGCCUGCAUAGGAAAUAACUCUUGUCUGGAUUUUCCCGCUGUCCCCGCCAGGGGUGGCACAGCAAGUGACCAUGACGAGGAGAGUUCUCAGCAUACGCAACCACAUGGGACAAUACCAGAAACAGCUGAAGGGGACGUGGCAGGGACCCCUCCACUCGUGCUGCUGCAAGGGGCAGUAUCAGCACCACCUGAGGACAAAUCCUCAAUGCCUGAGCUGGUGGAACCGUCCCCAGUGUUAUCGAUCAAAUCUGAAGGGGAGGUGCCUUGGAGUCCUGCGCCUGGAGCAACCAUGGAAAAUCAGGGAGGGACACGGGAGCCCCUGGGAAGCCAGCCAGCUAGGCAACAGGGCAGCCCUGGUCCCCCCGGUGGCAGCAGUGAAGGCAGCCAGUACAUCCAAGUGGUGCUGAAGCUCCAGACGGGGGAAAAGCAGUGGCCGUGCCCUGAGUGCGGAAAAACCUUCAUCAACAGUGCUCGCCUCCUGCAACACCAGCAGGCCCACACGCGGGAGAAGCCCUUUCCCUGCCCCGACUGCUGGAGAGGGUUCCUGAGGCGCCGCGACCUGGUGAUCCACCAGCGCUCCCAUACAGGCGAGGUGCCUUUCUCCUGCCCUGACUGUGGGGAGGGCUUCCUGCGCCACUACGACCUGGCCGCCCACCGCAAGAGCCACAUGGAAACCUGGCCCCACCAGUGCCCCAAAUGCGACCGGCGCUUCCGCAAGCGCUCCCUCCUGGUCAACCACCAGCGCACCCACCUCCAGGACGACCGCUACAAGUGCCCCGAGUGUGGGGAGGGCUUCAAGCGGCCUGGGCAGCUGGAAAUGCAUCGUUACAGCCAUAUGGAGGAAAAGCCCCACACCUGCUUUCGCUGUGGGGAGAGCUUCAGCCACCGCUCCCUCCUCAUGGCUCACCAGAGCAGCCACCCAGGAGAUGCCCCUUUCCACUGUGCUGACUGUGGGAAGGGCUUCACACGGCACCCAGAUCUCCUGGUCCACCGGCGGAUCCACACUGGAGAGAGACCCUUCCCCUGCCACGAGUGCGGCAUCGGUUUCAGCCGCAGCUCAGACCUGGAGAACCAUCAGAGCAUCCACAUGGGACAGCAGCCCCACAAGUGCCCCGAUUGUGGGAAGGGUUUCCGGGAAAGCGUGCACCUCCUGGCACACUGCAAAAGCCACGGUGGGGAGGAUUUUUACCAAGACCUCGCUGCUGCCUGGAUGGGGUGAGCAGUGCAGCACCAGGAAUCCAGAAGUGCCAACCCUGGGUUGAGAUGGGAUACUAGCAGCUGGUUGCAGACUAUUUGAAUACCCCGAGUUUUCCUGGCCAGAACAGGAGCAGACCUCUGGCCUGGGGUCUAUUAGGAUGUGAAGUGGGCCCUGGAGGCCAGCUGUCUUAUGAAAAUGUCUGGAGGCCCCAGGCUAGGAUUUGAGAUUCCUCCACACCCCCAACCCCCUUGUGCUGGGCACCUUGCCUACAUUUAAUAAAAGGUUCUUGCUUAGAAUAGUCAGUCUAAGUAUUAUUAUUAUUUUAUCACAAAAACCACAGGUUUGAUCAGUCUGUGAUUCUUAAGCAGGGGUAGGUCAUUAUUUUGGGCAGAGGGCUGCUUACUGAGUUUCAGCAAAGCAUCAAGGGCCACAGGACAGGCAGCCCAGGGCAGAUUAAUAUUUUCUAAAAUUUUUUUAGGGGCUCUGCAGGCCAGAUAGAAUGGCUUGGCUGGCUGCAGUGGACCCAUGGGCCUCAUUUUGCUCACCCCUACUCUUAAGGUACCCAGCGCACUUGGGAAGGGAGCAUUAGCCCUACGCAUUAUAACUCCCACAUGACUCUCUUCGAGAGUUUGUUGUGCAGGAAAGACUGGCAAGGGCAUCGCUGCUCUUUCAAUUCCCAAGAAGCAUCGUCUCUCAGGAAACCCACAUGGUAGGCUGUUGUUUAGUUGCUUUUUUCCUUGCACCUCUGUACUGGUUUAUUAAAAGUGACAAGAAUAAAACUUGUUUUACUUAUUAGAGUAUGGUCAGGUAUGAACAGUGGAGCAGAUACUUGAUAAACUAUUGUUUAAAUUUGGCAGGCAUCAACUGUUUAGGCUGAUGUUUCAUCUGCCACAGGGCGUGCUAUAAAGUUUCAGCUAAAACAAAUUCCUGUAUUUUUUGGAGAACUGGAGCAUUUAUAUACAUAGUUUCAUCCCACAACAUGCCAGAGAUCUGCUGCAGUGCUCCGCAUGCAAGCUGACGCGUACUGCGCUGCAUUGUGUACAAGUGUAUAAAGCAGCAAAACGUGCGUCAGCAUGCAGAAAGUGACGGAGGUGCACUUUUGAACUAAAGCACCUUCUGGGUUUUAGUUCAAAAGCGCACUGCUGCCAUUCUCAGUGCCGAUGCACACUUCACCACUUAUACAACU